AUGAGUGUUUUUAAAAGUCAUAAAAGCAAGUCAUUGCAAGAAUAUAAACCUGAAAAAGUGUUCCAAAACCUCGACAAAAUCUCUCUCCUACAAGAAGCUCGGUACUUCAAUUCCUUGCGUGUUAACCCCAAUAAAUGUAUACAUAUUUUGAAAAAAAUUUUAUAUUUGUUGUAUCAAGGAGAAUCUCUUUCUAUUCAAGAAGCUACUCAUAUAUUUUUCUCAACGACAAAAUUGUUCCAAUCUGAUAGCAUAAUACUUCGUCGACUCGUGUACCUUAGUCUGAAGGAGUUGAGUUUAAAAUCUCAAGAUGUGAUUAUCGUGACAUCAUCUCUUACUAAAGACAUGAGUGGAAAGGAAGACAUGCUUCGUGCUGCGGCAAUAAGAGCUCUGUGCACUAUAGUUGAUAGUACCGUGUUGCAAGGCAUUGAACGCUACAUGAAGGAAGCGAUCGUUGACAAGAAUCCAGCAGUUAGUUCUGCGGCACUUAUUUCCGCUUUACAUAAAUCGGCGACUGUUCCGGAUUUAGUACGACGUUGGGUAAAAGAAGCUCAGGAAGUAAUAAUGUCCGAUAACAUUAUGGCGUCCUACCAUGCUUUGGGUGUGUUUGCUAAAGUUCGCUGCAUCAAUCAAAUAUCGAUGGAGAAACUCGUAAUAAAACUCUUAUCUAAGCCUAUUCAGUCGCCAUACGCUCAAUGCCUUCUUAUUCGUUACGCUGCGAAGCUAGCCAAAAGUCAUGAGUCGGGAUUGUCUGGUACAUUCAUUAAGUUUAUUGAAUCACGUCUACAGCCCAAUAAUUCCGAAAUUAUCGUUUAUGAAGCUAUACAUGCUAUGAUAUAUUUGUGUAAAUCUGCUAAAAAACUUGCUCAAGUAUUGUCUAUCUUACAAAUAUUUUGUGUGUCUCCUAAGGCCACAAUACGUUUGGUCGGAACUCGAUCAUUGGCUAAAAUCAGUUUCAAAUAUCCAAGUAUUGUAAAAGCGCAAACAAUAGAUUAUGAAAAUUUAGUAUUUGACCCAAACAAAUGGGUUGCUACUAUGGCUUUGGUAACCAUUCUUAGCAUGGGAACUCCUAGCACAAUUAAGCAGAUAAUGAAACCGUUAUCAAGUUUCAUGACUGAUAUACCAGACGAAUUAAAAAUAAUGGUGGUACACGCUAUACAACGCCUUUUUUCGAAGUAUCCCCGUAAAUACCCAACAAUUUUAUCACCUUUAGGAGAAAUGUUACACGGUGAAGGUAGUUUGGAGUAUAAAGAUGCUAUUAUUAGUGCAAUGAUUCCCCUUAUUGAAGGGGAAAAUGAUCACGUCAAAGAGAAUGGAUUAAUUCAACUGUGCGAAUUUAUUGAGGAUUGUGAACACAAGGCACUAGCUGUGCGCAUCUUACAUUUAUUAGGGCGUGAAGGUCCAAAAACUAAGCAACCCUCGAGAUUCAUUAGAUAUAUCUACAACAGAGUUAUUUUAGAAUUACCACCAGUGCGAGCAGCAGCGGUAACAACUGUCGCACGAUUUGGCGCCGCGCUCCCAGAGCUGCUAUCUAGAGUAAGAGUUGUAUUAACUAGGUGUCAAUUUGACAAUAGCGACGAAGUGAGAGAUCGUGCGGUUUUUUACAACGGAAUACUGGAGUCAGGUAAUACAAAUCUUAUCAAUGAUUAUAUCACGAAUGUUCAAGUGCCCAAUGUAAUUGAACUUGAAAAGGCCUUAUUUGAUCAUUUGAGUAAGAAGCCAGAUGGACCAUUCGAUAUAUCAGUUGUUCUAAUAGAUGAAAAGCACCAGGCCAUUAAUUACGACAUGUCUGAUCAAGUAGUUAGUCGUCUAUCCAUGGAAUCCCUUGAAAAGCGACAAGAAAGCAAACCAAUAUUUUCUCCUGGCAUAGAGAACAUUGGGACUCUUUUUAAGUCUUGUGAACCCGUGGAGUUAUCAGAAUCUGGAACUGAAUAUCGCGUCCGUUGUAUUAAACAUGUCUUUGCGCAUCACUUGCUUCUCCAAUUCGAAUGUUUAAAUACUCUUUGCGAUCGUAUAUUACAAAAUGUUCAAAUAGUUUUAGGACUGGCGCCUGGUUAUAGUUUGUUGGCUGAAACAACCUGUGAGCAAUUGGAGUACGACAAACAAGGUAAUAUCUUUCUACUGCUGGAAUUUCCCAAAAAAGCAGAAGAAUCACCGGGAACAUUCACCAUUAUUUUAACGUUUACGGUUUCUAAUUGUGAUCCAGUAAAUACCAAUAACUUUCCUGACAAUUUUUGUAAUAGCCAUCAAGAUAAUUACUAUUUAGAAGACCUAGAAAUUAACUGUAGGGAUCAAUUUAUCAUACAUGAAGCGGAUGAAGAUUGGCAGAAGAAAUGGGGUAAUGCGUCCCGGCGACUAGUGGAAGUUAGUGAAAUUUUUGGUUUGAUACACAACAAUUUGACAAAUGCUGCAAAAGCAGUAUGUAAACAUCUUGGGUUGCCAAAAUCUGGGAUUAAAGGCAAAGAUAUUAAAGAAAUUCACAGCAGUGGCAUGUGGCGAACGAAAGUGCCCGUUUUCAUAAAAAUUCUGUUGAUGUUUGCAGGAGAAACAGUUACGGGACAUGUUUAUAUACGCUCUCUGCGAGAAGAUGUUGCUUCACUACUUUUUCUUGAAAUUUUACCUGAAGCAUUUGUGAUUACUUAA